AUGGGGCAACUAGCGUCAAAUCAGAAUAUUAGGCAUGCAGGUACUCUUCCCAGUGAUACAGAGAAGAAUCCUCAAGUUAAUGUAGUUACACUCAGAAACGGGAGGGAAAUAGAAGAAGUGCCAAAGAAGAGAAAGGAUAAACCUACACGUGAGGGGGAGUUGAUUCCUAAGGCAACACAUGAGUCAAAGAAAGAUGAUGCAAGUUCAGAACCAGUUCAAUUGAAUAUUCCAUUAGUAGAUGUGCUUCGCGAAAUUCCAAAAUAUGCUAAGUACAUAAAAGAUAUAGUGGCUCACAAGAGGAGAUUGACUGAAUUCGAGAUAGUCGCACUUACUAAGGAGUGCACUUCAAGGGUCCAAAACAAGCUUCCUCAAAAGCUUAAGGAUCCUGGCAGCUUCACCAUCCCCGUGCGAAUUGGUAAUAUCGAUGUGGGUCGUGCUCUUUGUGAUUUGGGGGCGAGCAUAAAUCUGAUGCCCUUGUCCUUGUUCAAGCAAUUGGGUCUGGGAGCUCCAAGACCGACCAUUGUGAUGUUGCAACUAGCUGAUAGAUCCAUAGCCUACCCUGAAAGAGUGAUUGAAGAUGUGUUGCUGCAAAUUGGGAAAUUCAUCUUCCCAGCGGACUUCAUUAUCUUAGAUUAUGAGGUUGAUGAACAGGUUCUAAUAUAUUGGGACGACCUCUCUUGGCUACAGGUGAUGCGAUUAUUAAAGUGA